AUGGACGCCCAGUAUCCCUUUGCUUCACGCGACGAUAUCUGGCGGGUUUUCGACGAGCUGAAGGAUCUUCACGUCGCGCAGUUUGAGCAGGCAGAGCGGAUUGCGAGGUUGGAGCGUCGGAGGGACGAGGAUGCAAGACUGCGGAGUGCUUGGGGACCAGUGUCGCCUUUUCUGACUCCUAUCGGGGGUUCUGUUGCCGUUGAGUCAGCAUAUCACUCGCCCACCGACGCGUUCAAAGGAUUUGAUCAAGGGCAACACGGCGUCAUGAACACAAUGGAUGCGGAAGAGGAACCCAGGCGAGGAACAUCCAGGGCGAAUAGUGUUCGGUUUGAUGAGAGUGCGAUUCACGGGUACUAUGGUCAAGCCAGUCGGUCUAUCAGUGAGCUUCCGCUGCGGACUGGGAGUGGACUGGCAAGUCUACCGCUGACGGAACGCUCUUUAUCACAUCGUUCUGAUGGAAGACUGAGCUCGUCCGGUCAAUCUCAUCAUUCCGCGCGUACCAACAGUUUGGGUCUGGAAACGACCAAUCGGAUGAUGAGUUCGUCUGUCAGCGAUUCACCUCUCAUCCCUCCGCCGGGUCUUUUUCUGUUGGGUCCGGUACCUUGCAUCAUUCGCUGUUGGUUGACCACGAACUUUUCCAAUGAUUCUCUCCUUUACGCCGCUGUUUGUUCAGGCUCCUACAUGUCGUCGUUGGGCUAUCCGAUAGUACGGAAACUCGGUCUUGAGGAUUUGAUGAUACAGGAGGAAGACUCCCGGUUCAUCAAACUGCCGUUAUAUCUCCCGGAAGCGAGUGUGCAUCUGUCGUCGUCUCGUUGCAGUAGUCCAGAACCGCAACUGCCUACGUUGACCAUUCGAUUUCUUGUGCGCAACGUCGAACCAAACGACCAGUCUAUUCAGAUCGUGCUUGGAAGCGAUGUUCUUCGUUCACAUAACGCAGAUAUCCUCUUCUCACAAGACAAGAUCAUCAUGGUGGACGAUGAAAGGAAUAAAAUCUCCAUACCUCUUGUACGGCCGGAGAACGACUCAGUUUUCAGAUCUCUUUCCACUGUGGCUGAUACCCCACGCGCUGAACCUUUGACACGGUUACGGCAGGAGAGCGAACCGCAUGCUAAUGGACAGGCGCCUGCUGGUGUGAUUGGCCAACCAGCAAGCAGUGUUAUUCGACGACAAUCAACCUCCGUGCCUGCCUCAGCCAGAGCCUCUGAGGGUGACGAAGAGCGAAAACCUCCUAGCCGCCCUUCGACUUCGCAUCAAACAGGCGACGCCAGCCACCAACAGGGACCGGUCAAGUCACAAACAGCAGCGGAAUCCCAACCCAACACUCCUACCGCGCCUGGCGCUCACGUCUGGGGAUCCUGGAGACGUGACGCUAAACCCGAGUCAACCGCUUCUACGCCAGCAACAAAGCCAACACGGGGUCGUACAAUGAAGGUCCUUCGUCCUACUAAGUCUUCGACUCGAAUCUCAACGGCACAGGGCGGUACGGAUACCUCCGCAGAACAACAGAGUAAUAACAGCCAGAAUCAGUAUCAGUCUGAGAAUAGUCGGUUGAAUAAGCAAUGGGGGUCAAAUCCUGUUGGAGGCGCGUCGGCGUUUGGGUGGUUGAAUUCGCCACAACCGAGGCAGUUUGGGACGAAUCCUAAGUGA